AUGUAUAAACCUAAUUCUACAAAUAACACAACCUUAAGUUUAUUACUCUAUAAUGAUAUAAUUCAGUAUUGGAUAUGGUUUUUUUUAAAAGAUGAAAAAGGAAAUAAAAAUGAUUCAGUACAUUUAACUUCACAACAAUCUUUAGAUUUACAUAAUGUAAAACUUUAUAAUAACACAUUUUGCGGACUAGCCAAAUUUGAUAAUUAUUCCUGUCCAUAUUUUUAUCCUAAUAUACGUAUAAGAAAUAAUAAUAAAAAGGAAUAUUCUGGUAUAUUUACGAAACGAGAGUUAACAGGAUAUGGACAAAUACAAUCCAAACAUUUCAUAUAUAAAGGAUAUAUAUAUAGGGGGAAAAAGAAUAAAGUGGGAAAAAAUAUUUUUAGGAAUAAAAAUAAUUCAAAAUUAAUAUAUAAGGGGUCCUGGAAAAAUAAUAAAAGACAUGGAUAUGGUAAAAUAAGACUAUAUAAUAAUAUUAAUAAUGAUCAUAAUGAUCAUAAUGAUAAUAAUAAUAAUUAUUAUUAUUAUAAGAAGAAGAAAAAAAUUUAUUUAUAUAAAGGAUAUUUUAAAAAUAAUCAAAGAUAUUUUUACGGUAUUCAAUAUUAUAAGGAUGGUUCAUAUUAUGUUGGUUUCUGGAAAAAAAAUAAAAAAUGGGGAUAUGGAAAAAUGACCUGGAUAAAAAAAAAAAAAUACCGAAUAAAUUAUAGUAAUUCUGGUGAUACGAAAAUAAAAGACAUUGAAAAUAAUGAAAUGAGUUACAUCAAUAAUAAGGUGUAUAGUAUUAAAAAAGAAGACAACACUUUAUAUAAUAAGAAAAAAUGUUUUUUUUUUGUACAUAGUAUUUAUGUUGGACAAUGGAAAAAUGAUAAAGAGGAAGGAUAUGGGAAAUUUUUCUGGUUUAAGAAAAGAAAAAAAAAUAUAAAUAAAAAUAGAAUUAAACCAUUUGAGGAAAAUAUAAAUACAUAUGAUAAUAAAGAUGAUACAUAUAGAAAUAAUAAUAUUAUAUAUCACAAUGGAUCUUAUGAUAGUUAUGAAGGGUACUGGAAAAAAGGGAAACGUUCUGGAUACGGUAUAUUUAAUUAUUAUAAUGGUAAGAAAUAUAUAGGUAUGUGGAAAAAUAAUAAAAAACAUGGAUAUGGAUAUUUAAUAAAUGUCAAUAAUAUUAUUAAUCUAUGUUUUUAUAAACAAAAUAAAUUAAUAUAUGAAUUCGCAAAAAAUAAAAUAUAUGUACUAAAUAAUUUAUAUACUAAUAAUACAUUAUGUAAUGUAAUUAAUCUUUCAUAUUUUAAAAACUAUUAUAAUAUAAAAAAUAAAAAGUUGGAAAAUUUGUACAAAAUAAUAUAUGAAAAUUUCUCUUUUCUUAUUCAUAUAUAUAACGUUUAUAAAAUUAAAAACACUAUGAACAUAAAUAGUAAUACAUAUAAUCAAUAUAUUAAAAAAAAACGUCAUUCGAACAAUAAUAAAAAGUUUUAUUAUAAUUCUUUUACAUUAUUAAAUUUAUGGAAUAUGUUUUAUAAAUCGCAUAUAUUUGAUAUUCACUUUUCACGAUAUUCUCUAAAUAAUCUAGUCAUAGAUCAUUUAUCUGGUGUUGAUGAGGGGCGGGAAAAUUGUUUUUUUCAACAAAAUGAGGACGCUACCGAAAAGUUUGGUUUUUUAUUUAAUGAAAAGGAUUUUAUUAUAAAAUUGUUUACAUCGUUUGAUUGUUUGCCAAAUAUUUCAACGAAUAAAAAUGAACAUGAAGGUGAGCACAAAGGUGAGCACAAAGGUGAGCACAAGGGUGAGCACAAGGGUGAACACAAGGGUGAACACAAAUGUGAACAUGGAAGUAAAAGAUUAAUACAUAAAGACAAUAUAACCAUCAUGAAUACUCCCAAUAAUUUUAUUAUUCAUAAUAAUACUUCACAAAAAAGUAUAACAUAUGAUACCUGUAAACAUAAGACACAUUUAUGUUCAUCUAAUAACAAAAUACAAAAUAUAUAUUCAAGAAACUACUUAUAUUGUCUUUAUCAAUAUUUUAUUUUUAAUAUGGAUUUAUGUUUAUUAAAAGAUUGCACAAAUUUUUAUAUCUAUCAUUUUAAACAUUCCUUUUAUAAACAAGAAAAUUAUAUUUUAUUAAAAAGUAUACUUUUUUUUAUUGUAAAAUAUAAUAAUGUGGAAAAAGAAAAUAUUCAUUUUUUAUAUUACGUUUUGUGUAGUAUGUUGAUUACGACUAUUCCUUUAUUAUAUCCUUUUAUGGAUAUAUUAUGUAAAUAUGAAAAAAAUACGAAAAAAUUCAAAGAUAAUAAUAUAUAUAAAUUUUUAUAUCUUCAUAUGUAUUAUAGACAAUGUGAUGAUAAUAAUAAUAAUAAUAAUAAUAAUAAUAAUAAUAAAAAUAAUAAUAAUGUAGAAUUUAUGUCAUAUAUGAAAAAAAUUACAGACUAUCUUUUUUUAAGAAAAUAUUAUAUACAUGAUGAAAAAAGAAUAAUCACUUUUCAUUCGUUCAUUCUUACACUUGUACAUAUAGAUAUAAGGAAUGGAUAUGAUAAAAUGUGUGAACAGAAAAAUUUAUAUUACUUGAUUCAGUUGUUAAAAGAACAUGCAUCAUGGGGAAAAUAUAAAGAAAAUGAAAAACAAGAUAUAAUACAACAAAUUAAAACCAAAAAAUAUUUUAAUUUUUAUACCUAUAGAUAUAUUAAAAAAAUAAAUAAUAAUAAUAAUAAUAAUAAUAAUAAUAAAAAAACAAGUUAUCAUUAUAAAGAAAAGGAAAUAGAUGGAAUAACAUAUAUAAUUAAUGUAAAGAAAAAAAAUAAUAAUAAAAAUAAACGAAACAUAAUAAAAAAGAAAAAUACUACAAAAUUUGUGAAAAAUUACAAAAUUAAUAAUAUUCAUAUGUGGAAUCAUUUCUUUCCUAUAUAUUAUCAUAAUACCAUAUUAUAUAAAUUUUGUCCAAAAAUAAAAAAAAAUAAUAAAAAAAAAACUUGUAAAUUCUGUUUAAAAAGAAUCAAAUUUUAUUUGAAGAAUAAAAAUUUAUAUGAACAAGAAUUAAGAAAUAUAUUGGAAAAUUUUGUGUAUUACUACAUUCUUUUUUUUUUGAUUUUUAAAAAAAAGCAAAAAUGUAUAUCAAUUUUUUCAAUGAAAUUAAAUGUAUCCAUAAAAUUAAAAAAUAUUUUAAAAUUUUGUUGUGACCUUAAUAUAAUGACAAAAUAUAAUAACAACCAUAAUAUGAAUUGUGUUAAUUUGUCUUCUUUAAAAAAAAAAAAAAUAUAUACAAAAAAGAUAAAAUAUGGUGAUAUAUAUAAUAAUCCUUCUUAUCAUAUAAUAUUUCAGACAGAUGCUCAUGAAAAUAAUAAAAAUGGAAAAAUAUUAUUAUCAUCAUCAUCAUCAUUAAAUAUUGAACAUAAUAAUAUUAUAGAAAUAAAAAAAGAACAAAUUAUAUUAAAUGAUCAAGUGAAAAAAUAUAAUCAAAAUAUAUAUACAUGUCAUAAAAAUGAUGAACAGCACAACAAAAAUGAUUGCAUGUGUAAACAAAUAAAUUCCUUUCCUAUAAAUCCUAAUGAAAAUUAUGAUCAUAAUAUAUAUACUAUUAAAAGAAAUCAUUAUAAAAACAGAAAAUAUUUUAAUCACAAAGUUGAAGAGAACAUACAAAAGAUGUCUCAUCAAUUUUGUUUAUCCUUUUUUGAAGUUCUAUCCAUGUUUUCUAAAAUAUUGAUACCUCAAAGGAUACAUUUAAUACAAGAACCCCUUAUAGACAUUUAUUUAAAAAGGUUGAAGAAAAAAAAGAAACUCAGAAAAAUACAAAAACAUGUUCUAAAAAAUAAUAUAUUACAUUAUUAUAUGAUAUUAAAAAAACAAAAAGAUAAAUAUACCAAUCAAUAUUAUAAAUGUACAAAAAAUAAUAUAUGUCAUAAUAAUAAAUUGGUAGCUAAUAAAUUAAUAUAUAAUACAAAUAAAACUACCUAUUCUUCUAUUCAUCAAAAAAUAGUUUUUCAAACAUUCAUAAAUAUAUUAAAUAAAAAAGAGAAAGAAUUAUUUAGUCAUCAAAUAAAUGAGCAACAUUCUACUCUUCAAAAGGAAUCUCAAAUUCUCAAGAAAGAAAUUAUUCCUUCUACACAUCAUGAUAUAUCAUCAAUAAAAAAAACAAAAACAAAAACAAAUAAGAAAAAGAAAAGGGAAAAGGAAAAGGAAAAGGAAAACAAUCCUGUUAGUAAUAUUAAUAAUUCAAAUAUUAAUAAACAAAUCAAAACAAAUGAUAUACACAAUAAAGAGACAUAUAAUAAUAAAUUAAAUACCAAUAAUAAUUUAUAUACCACUCUUUUUUAUCUUCCAAAAAAUCAAUAUAUAAAAACCCCAAUUUAUUGUUUUAGAAAAUAUAUAUUUUCACAUAAAAAUUAUAUGAACAUUUUAGAUUUUUAUAAUACAUAUAUCACACCCUAUGAAUUCAUUACAUUCUUUUUAAAAUUCGUUCAAAAAAUUAAAAGGAAGAAGAAAAUACAAGCACCAUACAAUGAUGUGCUUUUCUUUUUUAUAUUUCAUGUUUUGAUUUAUAAAUCCUUCCAGUUGGUUAAAAAAAAGGAAAAAAAAAAAAAAAAAAAAAUAUAUAUAUGA